UCUAUCCAGAGCCAAACCCUCGAAUAUAAAUACUAAUUUCCGCAGCCCAUAGCAAACCCUCUAGCUCUUGCGGACUCUUUUCCUCCUCUCGUCCUCCCUCUCUCCUCCGUCUGUUUCUCCUCCUCUGCAAUCAUGCUUGUAUAUCAGGAUCUCCUCACAGGUGACGAGCUUUUGUCGGAUUCAUUUCCCUAUAAAGAAAUUGAGAAUGGAGUUCUAUGGGAAGUUGAGGGGAAAUGGGUAGUUCAAGGAGCCGUCGAUGUAGACAUUGGUGCUAACCCUUCUGCUGAAGGUGGUGAGGAUGAUGAGUGUGUUGAUGAUCAGUCUGUCAAAGUUGUCGACAUUGUCGACACUUUCCGCCUUCAGGAGCAACCUUCUUUUGAUAAGAAGCAGUUUGUUACAUACAUGAAGAGGUAUAUCAAGCUGUUGACUCCUAAGCUGGAGGGAGAGCAACAGGAACAAUUUAAGAAGAACAUUGAGGGAGCAACAAAGUUUCUACUUUCGAAGCUCAAGGACCUUCAAUUUUUCGUCGGUGAGAGCAUGCAUGAUGACGGGAGCCUGGUGUUUGCAUAUUACAAGGAGGGUGCCACUGAUCCCACGUUUUUAUACUUCGGCCACGGGUUAAGGGAGGUCAAGUGCUAGAAAGAAUGAGAUCCUGCGGAGCGUUAUAAAAAAAUGCCCAGGUGUUGUAGUUUAGUUUAUUUUAUCGUGUUUAGUUGCCGUGCCUUGGACCAAAAUCCGCAAGGGAUUAGACUUUAAGAAUGCAUUUCUUUUUUUUUUUCUUGUUUUUUUUUUAAAAAUUUUUAAUUUUAAUUUUUAUGUGGAUGCUUACACUCCUUUCAAAUAAGGACUCUGGGUUUUCAGUUUGAAUUUUGUUUUUGUUUUCUUAUAACUAUCAUUUUGAGAAUGUCGUAGUGGGAUUGGACAAUAAACCAUGUUACCCGAUCA